AUAGGAUCAGAUCUGUCUGAAUCAUUGACUCAAUCAUACAAAAGCUCUUCCUCUGUCAGUCAUUCAGUCAGACAGACAGAGACUCUGAGAGAGUUUGUGCAGCAUCAGCCUCUGGAAGAACAGCAGCACAGCUGAAACUAGACAUGCAUCCCAUGUUGAUCGGCAUAGUGGCAGCCAACACAAGUUUAACUAUUUUCUACUGGAACUUUCUUCUGUCUCAGGUUUUCUGCAAGAAAAUCAAAGAUGCACCAGAACCUGAGGAAAUUCCAGUCUGAGUGGAGGCCUUUGCCGUGAUCCUGACGAUGAAGAGGAAGAAGAACCACCAAAACUGAUCUUUGGGAAGGAAGAAGGGAUGAGGGAGAGAAAAUAAGAACAAGGAACAGACUGGACGGAUGACCCAGAAGUGAAUGGAUAGAAAAUCUGCCAGGAUUUAAGUCUUCUGUUUUUGAAAAAUCAUGGGGUUAAAAAGGUGUCACUGAAUAGAUUUAUGAACAACCCUCUCUCUCUUUCAUCAAUUAGUCCAUCUUCACAAGCCCAAAUCUCUUGCUCAACCACUAACCCACCCCCCCCACCCACAAAAAAAUCAGUCUUUCUUUGUAAAUACUGCUCAUUUCCACUUGUAAAUUACUAGAAAAUUCAAAGCUUGUGUGUUUUAAGUCUGUAUUUUUUUAUGUUGCUGUUUUUUGCACUAUUUUUAUCUAAAUAGCUAAAAAAAGUUUUGUGAAUAUCUAUCUGUCUUACUCUUCUACAUUGUGUCUCAUUUCCUCAAUAAUAAAUGAAUACAACAUAGGGUACAGCUUUGUUUACAUGGCAAUUGUUAUCCGGUUUAGCAUGAUUAGCAUGUGCUGGCUCGCUCCUGCAGGACGUUCAGCACAGAUAGAGGGUGCUGUGUGCUCAACAUAGAGGACAUAAUUCUGUUCUCCAAAGCCAAUGAAUGCACCAACCUUAUUUAAGAUACACACAGACAUCCUUUUUAAUAUCAUCCUACAUUAAGAAGUUGUUGCUACAUGACCUAACCAUUAGAAAUACUUUGGUUGGUGUAAUGUAAUGAAGUCAAGACAUUCAGACCAGGACAUUCAAGGAGUCAGGACAUUGAGAGAUUUAGUUUGAUUUCACAGAACUCUAUUUAGAAUUUAUCAAGACUGUAGUUCAUGUCCUGAACUGAAUGCCAUGAGCAAGUUACAGUUGUUUUCAUUGACGUCACUGGUUACAUUGCCCUUUAAAAAAUGCGUGUUGAGACGUAGACACCUAAUAGAAAAAAAGGCUAAAUCCAGGCUCAAGGCUUCUCCUUACGAAACUAAGCACAUUAGCUUGAUUGUCUUCUGCUGUCAAAGUAUCAGGUCUGAGGGAAGCCCUAUCACAGAAACAUUCCAGGACUAUCAUUCUGUGGAAACUUUCUUUUGAUGCUGUAAAUAUGCAACAAAAAGGAAGAUGACUGAUGAGCAUCCAGCAUCAGAAAGAGAGAGAGAGGAGGAGGGCGAGAUAGAAAGCUUGAAGAUGACGGGUGUCUCUCAAUGAGGGAAAAAAGCUUUGUUGGAUCAACAGAAAAUGAAUGAAAACUGAUGAGCUGAUGUUAAACUGGGACACAGUGGAGCAAACAACAGUACUUAUGGAUUUAGGCAAAAACAAUGAAAGUCUUGAUGAGGAAUUUUUCAAGGACUACAAACCCACUGAAAAUGAUCCGCUCACUCCACCCAAGCAUAUAAUUUAUCUGCUGCUAGCUGUGAGCGUGACAGGAGUCACCCUUUAUGCCAUCAUAAGACACCUCAUCCAAGAUCUCAUCCAUGAUCUGGCAGAUUUCCUGUUUGGAGAGCAGCCUGUGGAAGAGCCGGAGACUCUCUGGGAAAGGCGGGAUAAGUUUAGGGCAGACUGGAUUCCAGAGGCAAUGCCUGAGCUGGAGGCCAUUAAUAUCAUUGCCUUCAUGAUAAUCUCUGCCUCCAUUUGUCAGGCUCAAGCUGGUGGUCAACGGUCAUCAGGUACAGCUAAAGUCACAUUACAGCCGUGGCUGGUGGGACUGACAGCCGUUGUUGUUUUUCUCUUUAUUGUCUUCGUCCUCCUCAUCGUGAAAAGACUCUUUUUCAAGAAAGACAAAGCUGAGCUAGAAGAAAAUCAUUCAUUUUAUGAAAACAAAGCAGCUGAUCUGGAGGCAAAUGAGGAGACCAAGCAGACCUCUUUCUAAUGAGAAGAACAGAUAAUCACAGUCCUGCAGCACACAAAUCUUUCUCUCUCUGGAAAUGAUGCCACAACUUUCUGCAGAGUCAUUCUUAU